AAAGCACUCACGCGUUCUGGGGAUUGUACUUGGGAGACCAGAGAGGAGCACUUUACCGUUUCAUCCUGCCGAGUUGAGAGUGAACUCUAACCAGCUGGCUUGUUCUUUUUCUUUUUGCCUUUUUUUUUUGUUCUCCAAGUGCGGACCGGCAUCGCAAGAAAAGAAAACGCACUCCCCCCCCCCCACACCCCACCCCCUCCUCGGAGUCCGCCAGACCUCCGUGCGUAAAGACACACUCGCUCCAAAUCGGGUUUUACGCACCGGAGCGACAGAGAACCAGUCGCCGGUUGUUUGUUUUUUUUCAGAGAAAGCUCUCUCACUUCAAAGAUCAAACUCAUCCUGGCAAAGGUGAAGUCCAUUUAGAGACGUUUUCCCUCUCGCGAGAAAGCAACCCCAAAAAAAACAAAACAAAAAAACAACUCCUCCGUUUCACGGGUAAUUUGGCACCAACCCGUUUUUUCGUAUGAAUCUCCUCGACCCUUACCUGAAGAUGACGGAGGAACAAGACAAGUGUCUCUCCGACGCCCCGAGCCCGAGCAUGUCCGAGGACUCCGCGGGCUCUCCGUGCCCGUCCGGCUCGGGCUCCGACACCGAGAACACCCGACCGUCGGAGAACGGUCUGCUCGGUGUGGACGGAGAGUUCAAGAAGGAAGAGGACGAUAAGUUCCCCGCAUGCAUCCGCGAGGCGGUGUCCCAGGUGCUCAAGGGCUACGACUGGACUCUCGUGCCCAUGCCGGUGCGCGUAAACGGAUCUUCUAAGAACAAGCCUCACGUGAAGAGACCGAUGAAUGCCUUCAUGGUGUGGGCUCAGGCUGCGCGCAGGAAGCUGGCGGAUCAGUACCCACACCUGCACAACGCGGAGCUCAGCAAAACUCUGGGGAAACUCUGGAGACUUCUCAACGAAGGGGAGAAGCGGCCGUUUGUGGAGGAGGCCGAGCGGCUCCGGGUGCAGCACAAGAAGGAUCACCCGGACUACAAAUACCAGCCGCGGCGGAGGAAGUCUGUGAAGAACGGCCAGAGCGAGUCGGAGGACGGCAGCGAGCAGACGCACAUCUCCCCCACUGCCAUCUUCAAGGCUCUCCAGCAGGCGGACUCCCCGGCCUCCAGCAUGGGAGAGGUGCACUCUCCGAGUGAGCACUCAGGCUCCCAGGGGCCCCCUACUCCUCCCACCACCCCAAAGACUGAGGUCAGCUCAGGCAAGAUGGACCUAAAGCGCGAAGGUGGCCUCCGCUCUCUGCCCGACGGCCCCGGCGGACGCCAGCUCAACAUCGACUUCCGCGACGUGGACAUCGGCGAGCUGAGCAGCGACGUCAUCUCCCACAUCGAGACGUUCGACGUCAACGAGUUCGACCAGUACCUCCCGCCCAACGGCCACCCCGGCUCCACCGCGUCAGUCACCUACACCGGCAGCUACAGCAUCAGCAGCGGCGGCGGCGGCGGCGGCGCCCCGGUCAGCCCGCAGGCGGGAGCCGCCGCGGCCUGGCUGGCGAAAAGCCAAAACCAGCAGGGACAGCAGCACAGUCUGACCCCUCUCGGGAGCGGUGGCUCAGAGGCAGCUCAGGCGCAGCACAGGACCCAGAUCAAGACGGAGCAGCUGAGCCCGAGCCACUACACCGAGCAGCAGGGCUCCCCGCAGCACGUCGCCUACAGCAGCCCCUUCAACCUGCAGCACUACAGCCCCCCCUCAUCCUCCUACCCGGCCGCCAUCUCCAGGGCGCAGCAGUACGACUACUCCGACCACCAGGGGGGUGGCGCCGCCUCCUACUACAGCCACGCGGGGGCGGGGCAGGGCUCAGGCCUGUACUCGACUUUCAGCUACAUGAGCAGCCCCAGCCAGAGGCCCAUGUACACGCCCAUCGCCGACAACACAGGGGUGCCCUCCAUCCCACAGAGCAGCCCGCAGCACUGGGAGCAGGCCCCGGUCUACACCCAGCUCACCAGACCAUGAGAGGCAACACACACACACACACACACACACACACACACACACACGCUGACAGACAUGUACAGCCACGCAGAUCUGACAUACAGAACACUUUACUCCAGGGAGAGCUCCUCCUCCUGACUCAGACACUUGAAGAAGAAGAAGAAGAAGAAAAAGAAAAAGAAGAAGAAGAAAAGAGGAGAGCUGGAAUUGUGAUUGGCUCACGCCGUGCCUUGCUAUUGUAUCUUGAUACAAACUAUAUAUAUAUAUAUAUAUACAUAUAUAUAUAUAUAUAUACAUAUGUGUGUGUAUAUAUAUUUUUUAGAGAGAUGGAGAGACUUAGGAAAAUCCUCU